AUGGGAAAGAUAAUUUUCUACGAGGGCCGCAACUUCCAGGGCCGCCACUGGGAGUGCAGCAACGACUGCAUGGACACCUUCAGGCACUUCAACUGCUGCAACUCCAUCCGUGUCAGCGGCGGUCACUGGGUGGCCUAUGAGAAGCCCAACUACAUGGGCUACCAGUACAUCAUGGGCCCCGGCGAGUACCCCGAGUACAACGCCUGGAUGGGAUUCAACAACUGCAUCCGCUCCUGCCAGAUGUUCCCCCCUUAUAGAGGAUCCUACAGGAUGAGGCUGUACAACAGGCCUGACUUGAUGGGACACACCAUGGAGUUCAUGGAUGACUGCCCCAACGUGUACGAGCGCUUCCGCUACCGUGACAUCUACUCUGCCAAUGUCAUGGAGGGCUACUGGAUCUUCUACGAGCACCCCAACUACAGGGGACGCCAGUACUUCCUGCGUCCCGGAGAGUACAGGGCCUGUGGUGACUGGGGCUGCCACAACCCCAUGGUGGGCUCCUUCAGGAGGAUGAGGACUCAGAUGUAA